AUGUCUGAGCAGUCACAAGAACAGGAAAAGACUUUACUUCCUAAGGUGGUAAACACAGUUAGAGCUGCGUCGGCGCUGGCCGCUCAAGAUGUCGAUUUUUACAGGAGUAUAGAUAAGGAUAUUGCUCAUUCAUUAGAACAGUCCUCUAACCAAAUAGCUGACAUGAUUAACAGUGUUCUGUUAUCCAUUGAUGAAAAUUCAGAGCAAGUGGAUGGAACAAAGGAGAACUUAGAAGAUAUAUGGAAGGAUUUUGGUAAUUUGAUGGAUAAUCUAUUUGAAAAAUCAGAUAGGUCUAUAGAUAUUAUAACUCGUGGACACGGUGGUAGUAAUGGGCAAUCCGGUAUGCAAUAUAUUGAUGAGUUCUCGGGCAGAGAUUUGACACCUGGGAAACAAAUAUUGAAGCCACAAUUGAAAUUUACUACUCCUAUUGAUAAUACAGAAUCACAUCCUUUCAUCCCACUAUUGAAAGAAAAACCCUUUGCACUAAAGCCCCUGGAGGAGUCUAUGCAAAUGAUUCCUGAAGAUGAAACGUCUCCAAUGCAUUACCCACAACCGUACGAAUAUGAGAUUGAUCACCAAGAAUAUAAUGAUUUAAUAUUACAGAAGAAGGACCCAAUACCCUCUACCUCGUGGACAGAUAAUGAACCAAUUUGGGUGGACACAGUAUCUCAACUACAAUCUAUAAUGCCCGAUUUGGAAGCCUCUACGGAAAUUGCCGUGGAUUUGGAGCAUCACGACUAUAGAACAUAUUACGGUAUUACGUGUCUCAUGCAAAUAAGUACGAGGAAGAAUGAUUAUUUGAUAGAUACAUUAGCAUUACGUGAGGAUUUACAAAUAUUGAAUAACGUUUUCGCUAAUCCCAUGAUUACAAAGGUAUUCCAUGGUGCAUUCAUGGAUAUAAUUUGGUUACAAAGAGAUUUAGGUCUUUAUGUGGUGGGAUUAUUUGAUACCUUUCACGCAUCAAGAGCCAUGGGCUUGCCCAAACAUAGUUUAGCAUAUUUAUUAGAAAAGUUUGCUCAAUUCAAGACUUCCAAGAAAUACCAACUAGCAGAUUGGAGAAUUAGACCACUCUCGAAGGCAAUGCACGCGUACGCAAGAGCAGAUACGCAUUUCUUAUUAAACAUUUUUGAUCAAAUGAGAAAUUCUCUAAUUGAACAAAAUAAGUUAGCCGGCGUGUUAAAAGAAUCCAGAAAUGUUGCCAAGAGAAGAUUUGAAUAUUCCAGCUUUAGACCUAAAGUGCUACAAACGAAUGGGUUAGUUUAUUCUCCUAUUGAAAAGGAUGAUCCAUGGAAAACUAUCAUGUUCCAAUAUAAUAUUCCCCCACAGAAGGAGCCUCUUUUGAAAGAGUUGUACCAAUGGAGAGAUAAGAUUGCUAGAAGAGAUGAUGAAUCGCCAAGAUUCGUAAUGCCCAAUCAGUUAUUAGUAUCAUUGGUAGCGUACACUCCGAUUGAUGCACCUGGUGUUGUUUCAGUGAGCAAUUCAGUCACAGAUUAUGUUAGAUCCAAUUCAAAGAUAUUAGCAAACCUUAUCAAAAAUUGUCUUGCCAAGAUGAAGGACAACAAAUUUUUGGAUAACAAUGUUGCGGAAGAGGGAAUUUCAGUAGUACCAGAAACAGGUCAUGAUCUUUCACAAAAGUUAACGAUACACCAAUUACAGAACUUGAAAUCCAAAUUCCAGUUGUUAAGUGAUAAGUUUAAUAACUCUGUGAAGACAAGAUUAUCAAACCAUGAUCAGUUAUAUCUAUUCGAUGGUAUUUCCUUUGCUGAUGAUGUAACAAUUAAAUAUUUUGCAGAUGGUAAGAUUCAGACAACUGCGGAGCAAUAUAAGGAACGUUCUGAACAAUUUGAUGACGCCAUGAAACAAUUAGAGGAAGUUGAAUAUUGUAUACCUGUUAUUGAAGAAAACAAGCAAACCCAGGAUCAAGAUAACAUUCCACCGAUCACCGUGGCCACUAAUGCUGAAGGUCAAGUCAAUGAAAUGAUAGAGAAACCAGAGGAUUUGGACGAAGUCAUUGUGCUCAGAAAGACGAAUAAGAACAAGAGUAUAAAGAACAAGCCAAAGAACAGAGAAGAACCGGAAUUGGAGAUUAUUGAUUAUUUCAAGACUGCUAAAGUUCUUACAAAUGAUAAAAAUUCAAGAGGAGGACGUAAUAAUAAUGGCAACAAGAGGAAAAGAUUUGAUCCUUAUUCUGCUGCAAAUGAAGGUCCCGCUGCUCCAAAGAAGAGAAAGAAUGUGACUAGAGGGAAGAACGUCUCAUUUAAGAGGUAA